CGCCAGUAACAAACACACCGUUAAUCUCGUCUCCCUCUCGCGCCAGCGUGCGGCUGUGUCGUCUCCUCUCUUCCACCCUUCGUCGCAACCGCAGCCGCAGCCGCAGACGACGCUGUCUGAGCGCGCGGCCAUGGCUGCCUCGGCGACCACGGCUCUCUGCGCUCGCCACUUCCGCCUGCGCACUCCCUCCUCUCCCGCUCCGCGCCACACCCCUGCGCCGCCCCUGCCCGCCGCAGCCCCUUUGCGACUCCCGCACCGUCGCCUCGCCGUCUCCCCGCGCGCGGAGGCAGGCACGGGCACGGGCACGGGCACGGGGGGCGUGGAGGCGCUCAGGGCCGGGGUGUCUGUUUACAAGCCGCGCUCCUACGAGGUGCUCGUCUCCGACGCCGCGCGCUCCCUCGCCUGCGCCUUGGACGACGGCAAGACCCGCCUCGAGAUCGAGUUCCCGCCUCUGCCAAGCAGCAUCUCUUCUUACAAGGGCUCCUCAGAUGAGUUCAUCGAUGCCAACAUCCAGCUUGCUCUUGCUGUUGCAAGGAAGCUUAAAGAGCUCAAGGGGACUAGGUCCUGUUUAGUGUUUCCUGAUCAACCUGAAAAGCGCAGGGCCUCACAGUUGUUUCGGACAGCUAUAGACACGAUUGAGGGUGUAACUGUCAGUUCCCUUGAUGAUGUGCCCACUGGCCCGGUCGACAGUUUCUUCAAAUCCAUAAGAAAUACCCUGGAUUUUGACUUCUCUGAUGACAACGAAGAUCGAUGGAAAUCUGAUGAACCACCAUCGCUGUAUGUCUUCAUCAACAGCAGCACGCGUGACCUUUCUUCUAUAGAGAAGUAUUUGGAAAAGUUUGCCACAUCUGUCCCGGCCCUUCUCUUUAAUCUUGAACUAGAUACCUUGCGUUCUGACUUGGGGCUUCUGGGAUUCCCACCAAAAGAUUUGCAUUACCGGUUUCUUUCUCAGUUUACCCCAGUAUUUUAUAUCAGACAGCGUGACUACUCCAAGACAAUUGCGGUUACUCCAUACAUAGUGAAUUACAGUGGCGCUGUAUUCCGCCAGUACCCAGGGCCUUGGCAGGUCAUGCUUAAGCAAGCUGAUGGUUCUUAUGCCUGUGUUGCAGAAAGUACAGCUCGGUUCACUUUGGGACAGGCCAAGGAAGAACUAUUGAGAGUUAUUGGUUUGCAAGAAGAACAAGGAAGCUCGCUUGAAUUUCUCAGAAGAGGAUACAAGAAUGCUACUUGGUGGGAAGAGAAUGUUGAUCAGGAGAAGUCGUCUGCGUGGCGAACUUGAGAUGUUGUGGCUGCUGGCUGGACUCUUAUCUGCUCAGCAGUAAAAAAUAGGUCAAACGAGUAUUCAUGACUUGAUGUAAUUGAAAUUAAAGAAAGAAUAUCAUGUACAGUGCGACGUUGCUUGUGCUGCAGUAGUAGCAUUUUUGUGAGUUCAGCCAUGCGAGCUCUGAGAUUGUCUUACCUUUUGCUGACUGUAUGUUAGUUGGUUUUGGGCUCA